AAUUGCUAUCCGUAUGAUUUAAUUUGUUUAUUAUUUAUUAAAUUAGUCGCGCUUUCCAUUUAAUUUAAUUAAUUUAAAUUAAUAAUAAAUCAAUUUAAAGGCUUUUGAAAUAAUAAUGCGUUCUGCCAACACGUUUGCUAUUUUGAAACAAAUUGGGAAAAAAUGUGCUAACGAGAAAGCAGGCUACGCUGGAUUGUGCCUUCCUUCGCAUUCUUACCGCGUCAACUUAUUUGAGAAUAAUAAUGGUUUAAGGGCUUUGACAUUCAUUGAAAAUUGCAAUUUAGCCAACCGUGCGAGAUUAUUUCACACGACAUCGUCAAAUCUGGUGUUCAAGAGUAGACAUCCCGAUGUUCAAAUCCCAAACAUGUCUAUACCGGAAUUUGUCCUCGACAGCAAAUUCACCACUAAGCCAGCUCUGAUAGAUGGCGUUACCGGACGUACAUUGAAUUUCAACCAAGUCAAAGAUUCAGUAUGGCGCCUGGCAAGUGGGUUUUCCCGUCUGGGAUUCAAAAAAGGGGAUGUGCUGAUGAUCAUCAGUGAAAAUAGCAUAGAAUUUAUGUUGGUGUUCCAUGCAAUCAUGUGGAUCGGCGGAACUGUUACCACCUGUAAUCCUCACUAUCUCGUUCCUGACAUAUCAAAGCAGGCUGUUGAUGCGGAUGUUAGUUACAUCUUUUGCUCGCAUCUCUACAGCGGCAAGGCCCACGAAGUAUCCGAACACAUGCAUACAAUUAAGAAAGUAAUAACAGUUGGUCAGGUGGACGGCUUGAUUCCACUUACGAUCCUCCUCGAAGAUGAUGGCUCUGAAUUCCCCAAAAACGUCGACAUCGAUUACAAGACCCACACCGCCCUCUUGCCCUACUCUAGUGGCACCACGGGCAUGCCAAAGGGGGUAAUGUUGACCCACUAUAACGAGGUGGCCAAUGCUGUCCAAUCAGAUAUUCCAAACUUUUUGUUGAAUCGAGACGUGGAGAAGCACCUGGGCCUGUUGCCCUUCUACCACAUAUUUGGCAUCAUCGUCCACUGCAUCUGCUCCAUGAAGGAUGGCCAGACGACAGUCAUCAUUCCCGCCUUCGAUCCCAAGAUAUUUCUUGACUGCAUACAGAGAUAUAAAAUCGGUAUGACCCAUAUAGUCCCUCCGAUUGUGAUGUUCCUAAACAAGCACCCCAUGGUCAAGAGGUUUGACAUGUCCUCCCUCAAACGUCUGGUGUGUGCCGCUGCCCCUCUCGGCGCCGAAUCUGUUCACGAGUUUCACGAGAAAUAUCCCAACUGUGUUCUUGGGCAAGGGUACGGUAUGACCGAGACGAGUCCCGUGGUCACCAUGAACCAGAUCCCAACGUGCAAAACGAAGCCGGCGUCAUCAGGGACCGCCGUGCCCAACACGUUCCUCAAGGUGGUGGACAUAUACAAUAAUGAGUUGGGACCGGGAGAGAAGGGGGAGCUCUGCAUCAAAGGGCCUCAGUUGAUGAAGGGCUACCACAAAAACCCCGAAGCCACAGCCAACAUGAUUGACAGUGAGGGCUGGCUGCAUACAGGUGACAUAUGCACGAUAGAUGAGGAUGGUCAUCUGUUUGUGGUGGACCGGGUCAAGGAGCUGAUCAAGUACAAAGGCUUACAGGUCCCACCGGCCGAAUUGGAAGCCUUGUUGUGUUCACACAAAGCGGUGGGUGACGCUGCGGUGGUGGGGGUGCCUGAUCACGAGGCUGGGGAACUGCCGAAAGCCUUCGUGGCCUUGAAACCCGGGGCCAAGGUCACUGCCGAGGAAAUUCAUAAAUUCGUUGACGAGAGGGUGGUGCAGUACAAGAGGUUGCGGGGUGGAGUUGUCUUCCUGCCCCAAAUUCCAAGGUCACCAGCUGGGAAGAUACUCAGAAGGGAGCUGAAGAACUUGUGAUGACGUUGAUGGUGAAGGUGACCUUUUGGUGAUGAUGAUGAUCACGACUUUGUGGUGGUGAUGAUGAUGAUGUGAUGAUUUGAUUGUGAUGAUGAUGAUGACGAUGUAUUGUGAUAGUGUGGUAAUAGUGAUGAUGAUAAUGGUGAUGAUGAUGAUGAUGAUGUAGUGAUGAUGAUGACGAUGAUGAGGAUGACGAUGAGGAUGAUGAUGUUUGCCAUGUUUCUUCUGAUACAAAUGAUGCCUUAACAAAAAAAAAACUAAAAAAUUUUUUUCAUUCUCAAAUUUUGAGACGACUCAGAAAUUUAUUUUUUUUUUUGUUGUUUAAUUUAUCAGGUGUCUUCUUACAUCAUUUUAUUCUAUUUUUUCCAAAAUUAAAUAAAUACUUAGUUUAUUAUAACUAGAUCGAUAAUGCCAUUUAUUAUUUUAAUUUGAUUUAUUUUAAAUUAAUUUAAAUAUGGCUGUAAAGUUAUUUAUGUAUGAAUUUUCAACUUUAUUUUGAAAUGAAAUGUAAAUCCAUCCGAUAAACUUGCUAAACAAAUUAUUAUUAUCGUUAUUUUUGUUGUCGUUGUUGUUGUUAUUUUUGUUGUUGUUUGGGUUUGUUAUUGUUGUUGUUUGUUGUUGUUUUCCUUAAGUGAAACAUUUGCCAUUGAAUACUUGUUCGAAUUAAUGGCAUAAUUAAGCAAAUAAUUAUUUUUAUUGUCUAUAAACAUAUAUUUUUUUUAUCAUUCACCAAAUCUAUCUACUUGUAGUUAUGAAUGAAUUUGUUUGCUCGUCGACAAAUUCGGCUUUUGAAAAAAAAUCUGUUUUUGAAUGGUUUUUUGUUU